CUUCCCGAGCGAGUCCCACCCCCCUUCCUCAUGUCCUUCCAUUCACACAGCACAUGCCCUUUCUUUUAAUUUUUUUCCCUCGGAGGCCCCCCUCCUUUCAUCACACUCGCUCCUCACGAGCAGGACAGAGCAGAGCUGGAGAAGGAAGGAGAGAAGGAGUGUGUGUGUGUGUGUGUGUGUGUGUGAGAGAGAGAGAGAGAGAGAGAGAGAGAGAGAGAGAGAGACCUGGAGAGCAGAAAUGGCAUGUCUGAGUUGCGGGUCUGAUUUCGAAGGAUGUCGUCUGCGGUCCGGUGUGGAUCUCUACGGGAGUGUGUGUUAGCUGGAGGGAAGGAUGUGGUGUCUGCAGUGUAACUCGGAGAAGACCCAGUCUCUGCUGGAGCUGGAACUGGAUGGAUGUGUGGAGGGGGAAGUCCAGAGCAGUGAGCCAUCCUCUUCCCUGGACCGUGGUAAAGGUUACGGCCCCCUGACCCACAGCUCGUCCGUCAGCCCGGACCAUUUUGAAGGCUUAGGGUACGGCCAAAACGCCCAGGCCGGUCCGCAGCGUCCACGGAGGCCCAAACUCCAGCACUCGCAGUCCAUCCUCCGCAAGCAAGCCGAGGAAGAGGCCAUCAAACGCUCGCGCUCGCUCUCCGAGAGUUAUGAGCUCUCUACAGAUCUGCAGGACAAGCAGGUGGAGAUGUUAGAGAGGAAGUACGGCGGGCGCUUCAUCAGUCGACAUGCUGCUCGCACCAUUCAGACGGCAUUCCGGCAGUACCAAAUGAACAAGAACUUUGAGCGUCUCAGAAGUUCCAUGUCUGAGAAUCGGAUGUCGAGGCGCAUCGUUCUGUCCAACAUGAGAAUGCAGUUUUCUUUUGAGGGACCUGAAAAAGCCACAAACUCAUUUUUCGAUGGGAAACAGUUAUCUCUGACGGAGGAAGGAACUCCGACGGAACCUGUAGCGAAGAUCGAAUGUGGAGAUAUGGUUCCCCUACAAGUGGCUGCACCCUCGGCUCCAAAUGACCUCAGUGACACUAUUACAGAGCUUGAGGACGCUUUCUCUCGGCAGGUCAAAUCACUGGCUGAAUCCAUCGACGAUGCUCUGAAUUGUCGUAGUCUCCAUGAAGAAGAGGACCAGGAACCGGAGCAGGUUCAGGACAUGCAAGGUGAACUGUCCUAUCAGGUAAAACCGACUAACGGCUCUGAUCGACGCAAGUUGGAUGAGAUGAUGGCGUCCUACAGCGGCGUGACGCUGUUCAUCGAUGAGGAGGAUCUUUGUCCUCCUACUCAGCUCUCGCAUACGGUGGAUCCACCGUCCAGCACCGAGUCCGAUCAUCACGCCAUCAACUCAUCUCAGGAGUACUGGCCCAUGGACACCAAAGAUGAAAAAAUAGACACGGAUACCAGCUGCCGGAGCACGCCGUCCACAGAUUGUCAGGAGCCACGGCUUCGCAUUGACCGUCUCCCGCUCCUGACCAUCGAACCUCCCAGUGACAGCUCGCUCGAAAUGAGCGACCGCUCGGAGAUCGACUCGGUCAAGAGGCAGAACGUUUAUGAACGGACCACGGCUGGACCUCAGGCCAGUCCCAAACACAUCACGCACAGUCUACCUCCUAGAGUGUCCUCUCUGUCCCGGGAUGAGGAUCCCAUCAGGCACCGGCACCGGCAGCUGGAGAGCCAUCUGGCCAUCAACGGGAACCGACAGAGCAAAUCAGAAUCGGACUUUUCUGACGGGGACAACGACAGCAUCAACAGCACUUCAAACUCCACCGACACGAUCAACUGCAGCUCGGAGUCAUCUCGGGACAGCAUGAGGGAGCAGACGCUCAGCAAACAAACGUACCACAAAGAGACACGGAACAGCUGGGAUUCUCCGGCUUUCAGCAACGACGUCAUCCGCAAGCGGCACUACCGCAUAGGCCUCAACCUCUUCAACAAAAAGCCAGAGAAAGGCAUUCAGUACCUGACUGAGAGAGGGUUCAUUCCGGAUACACCUGUGGGCGUGGCUCACUUCCUGCUUCAGAGGAAAGGGCUGAGCCGGCAGAUGAUUGGCGAGUUCCUGGGGAACCGGCAAAAACAAUUCAACAGGGACGUCUUAGACUGCGUGGUGGACGAGAUGGACUUCUCAGGGAUGGAGCUGGACGAAGCUCUCAGGAAAUUCCAGGCGCACAUCCGAGUUCAAGGGGAAGCGCAGAAGGUCGAACGCCUCAUCGAGGCUUUCAGCCAGAGGUACUGCAUCUGCAACCCAGGAGUGGUGCGCCAGUUCCGAAACCCAGACACUAUCUUCAUCCUGGCCUUCGCCAUCAUCCUCCUCAACACGGACAUGUACAGCCCCAAUGUGAAGCCUGAGCGCAAGAUGAAACUGGAGGAUUUUGUGAAGAACCUCAGAGGAGUGGAUGAUGGUGAAGACAUCCCUCGGGACAUGCUGAUUGGCAUUUACGAGCGUAUUCAUGAGAAGGAGCUGAAGACCAACGAAGACCACGUCUCUCAGGUUCAGAAGGUGGAGAAGCUCAUCGUCGGGAAGAAGCCAAUCGGAUCUCUCCAUCAGGGUCUGGGAUGUGUUUUAUCCCUCCCGCAUCGGAGGUUGGUGUGUUAUUGCCGGCUGUUUGAAGUACCAGACCCCAACAAGCUUCAGAAACUCGGCCUUCAUCAGAGGGAGAUCUUCCUCUUUAACGAUCUCUUGGUGGUAACUAAAAUUUUCCAGAAGAAGAAAAACUCGGUGACGUACAGCCUCAGGCAGUCCUUCUCUCUGUACGGCAUGCAGGUCCUGCUCUUCGAGAACCAAUAUUACCCUAAUGGCAUCCGGCUCACGUCGGCCAUCCCGGGUGCUGACGUCAAGGUCCUCAUCAUCUUCAACGCCCCGAACCCUCAGGACCGCAAGAAGUUCACAGACGACCUGCGAGAGUCCAUCGCUGAGGUCCAGGAGAUGGAGAAGUACCGGAUCGAGUCCGAGCUGGAGAAACAGAAAGGUGUGGUGAGGCCCAGUAUGUCCCAGAGCAUGUCUGGUCUGAAGAAAGAGGUUGGGAACGGGACCAUGAGCCGCGCCAGCCUGGAUGACACGUAUGCCAUGGGGGAGGGGCUAAAGAGGAGCGCGCUCAGUAGCUCCCUGCGGGACCUUUCUGAUACAGGCAAGCGCGGGCGCCGCACCAGUGCAGGAUCACUAGACAGCAAUAUGGAAGGCUCCAUCAUUAGCAGUCCACCUCAGCUGCCCCGGAGAGCGCCGUCCGGCCGCGAGGGUCCUCCUCGUCCACGCUACUCUGGCACCACCCCUUCCUCCUCCUCCUCGCUGCUGGGAUCGCUCUUCGGCAGCAGGCGAGGAAAACCUCCUCCUCGUCCUCCGCUUCCUGCUCCGCCCUCCUCCUCCUCGCACCACCCCAUCCACCCCACCCUCAUCUCCCACAAGCCCCACCCAACCAACCUGCACCACACUGCCCAGGCCCAACUAGAUCCCCAACGUUCCCAGCACUGUUCUCUCCCGCAGAACCCCCCGCCGUAUCAGCACCACCAUCACUACGAUCCGCCUCCCGUCGGGCUCUGGUUCCACCGUCAGCAGCACUCGGGCCACCUCUCUGCCCCGCACCACCACCCUCAACUCGCUCACAACCACCUUCCUCGUCAUCAACACCACCACCACCAUCAACAACGGCACCAACAUCAGGAGCAGCACCUCGUGGCAGCGGCGUCAUCGUCGUCGUGUCCCAUCAGCGCCAAACCCAAACACUGUGGCAUCAGCACGGUGGUGUGAGGAUACGACCGGAGCCGGACUAAACUCCAGAUAAAUAAUUCCAUUUCUGAGAUGGUUCCAGAGAGUCCUCCUAAUCAGAAGCUCGGGGUGUAGAACGAUGCUGAAGGAAUUCCGAUGAUAGAUAAAGAAACGCGAGGAGGAUCGUAGCGUCUUGUUUGAGGUCUACGUGAAUCUCCUGAGGUGCAGUCUCAGCAUCGCAACGUAGAACCUCACACAUUUUCCCCAAACACCAAACCCCCAGAGCGAAGCUGUAAAGUAACGUCCAAGCUGUUGGUCUCACACGUAGUCGUCCUGACGCUGUAUUUAUUGUGGAUAACGGAAAAGCUUUACAUGUUGUCCUUAGCGAUCAUAUAUCAAUGUGCCAAUAAUCCCUGCGUACUGUAUGUACUCGGCUCUGUGUGAACUGUAUCCUGUGUGUUCUAGAGUUUAGUGUAAAACUGCAUCCAUUGUAAGAUGUUCUAUAUACUGUAAAAAAAAACAAAAAAACAAACUAAAACUAUAUAUACAUAUUCAGAGAGUUUUUUUAAAUAUUACAGUCAAAUAGAAAUGAAAUAUUACGGUAAGCGGUGCAGACUGUACAGAUGAUCAGAGAAAUAUUUUGGAGUUUUAGAAAGCAGAAGCAGCUGCACUGAGCUAUAAAGCGAUAGAAAAAGUGUUCUAGCUUCCUGGUAAAGCUACAAAAACACAAACCAGGAGCUAAACAGCACUUUUAUUUAGAUUUAGAUAGAGUUCAAUACAUUCGAUUUCAAAGUGUGAGAUUUCGACGUCCCACUCACUGAGCACUUGUCUAAUUUUUUUUCUUUCUUUUUUUUUAUACAGCUUGUUUCCCGAGAACGUAACGAUUAGUAUUUUACAAUGAAGUAACCUUUCCUUGUUUUUGUUUUGGGUUUUUUUCCUUAAAGAAAAUGAUGCAAUCAGAUAGUUUUCUUUCAGCGAGUGUUUAGGUAAAGCUGAAGGUUAGAUCGUUAACGUCUGCACAAGUUCUACAGAAAUUAUGCACAAAACUAAAGAAGGCCAGUGACUGAAAUAGUUUUUACUCCGAUGUGCAAUAUGUUUAGAGUUCAGGAGGACGAGGGACGCCAUGCGAUUAAAAUAAAUAAAUAGAUAUAUAAAAAUAAAAACAAUAAGAAAUACGCCUCGACGUUCAGAAAUGAAUAAUGAACUAGAUUAUAAAUCAUUUGUUAAUCUUCAAAUUAAUGCACACAUUCGUUUUUAUGUCUUUUUUUCCCCUUUACCUUUUUUAUUACUAAUUUUUCUCUUUGUUCCUUUACGUUUCCUUUUAGUAUUUCUUUUUCUUCUUAGUUUUAUUUAUUUUAUUUAUUUUGUUCUCUUUUCCUUUUUUUGGAAACAUAUUUACUUUUCUUGUUUGUUUUAUUCCCUUUUUUUAUUAUUUUUAUUCUUUACCUUUUAUUAUUUUAUUUCACUUAACUACCCGGAAAACAAAAUAUACAUUUAAUGUAAGUGAUUUAAUUUAAUGAUUAAUGAUCAGUUCUUGAUUUAUUUCCAAAUUAUUUACAUUUUCAUUCGUAAAAUAAUUUUCAGAUUUUUUUUAAAUUCCAGAUGAUUAAACUGUGGUUUUUUUAUUCCUCUUCCCCCCCGUGACAUUCCUCGUCCUCGGUAUUUGACAACUUUUAAAUUAUUUUGUCCCACAAUAACAUUUUUGCGGUGGCAAAAUUGAGUGAAAUGUCAAGUGUGUGUCCUGUCAAUUGUUGCGUGAUUUUUAUUUUUUAUUUUUGUUUGUUUUGUUUUUUGUGUCCCAAAAAAUAAACCAGUGUUACGUUGGCAGUUAAGUGCAAUCGUGUAAAGAAAGAAAUUCAUUCUGCAGCUUUGUGUUGUUUCUGUACGAGAUUCAGGUGAAUAAUGCGACAGUUUAUGCAAAUCUCUUUCCUUCCAGACGACGGAGAAGUUUUUUUUACAGAAUGUAUUUCAGGUGAUGAAACGUAGAAGCACAUUAAACCCGUUUCUUACGGAACCACACGGGCGCGAAUAAAUACAUUGUUUUUUUUCCUAAGUGAAUAACAAUAAUUUUCUAAAGCGAUGUUCUGUUCAGACGGCGGAUUUAUUCCUCAUAGUGAAUCCGGAGGUUUUAUGGAGCGUGUAGAACACGUCAUUGUUCUCUGCAUCAUCAUCUCCAGAAACCUGUGAGAAAGGUGCAAUGAUGAAGAUGAUGAAGAACUCGACUGCUGUUCAGUGCGUGAGGUUUUAGUCUGAGCGCCGCACGGAACCGACACGCCUCGUUUCACUGUGAGCUGACGGACACUUGAGCUGGACACGCCUCGUUUUAGGUUCCUCCUCCUUUGUUGUUGUUUUUUGUUUUUUAGCCUCGAUGUUGAAUUUGCUGUCGUACUGCGUUGUGUUUCUCUGAAGUGCAGCAUGCAGAUCAUCUUCACAUACCCAUUGUAGAAAAAAGAAAGAAGCGUGCAAGAGACGUGAAAAAUGAGGAGCACACUUCAUGAGAAAUGAGAAACCAUCAGUGUACAUAACGUAGAUAAGAUGAUGAGGAUGAUGAUGAGGAUGAUGAUGAGGAUGAAGAUGAGGACGAAGGACAGUUUCUGUGUCUCGGUGUGUGUUUAAGACAAGCAUACUGUUGGACACGUUCACUUCCUCUGACGCUGAGCCACAAAGAGAAUAAGAACUGAAGGGUGGAGAUUUUAGGGAAAAGGGAACCCUCUCAUUUUGAUAUGCAGUCUGUUUGUAAGUGCUUCAGAUCUGAUUAAUGUCAAACUGUGACAAUGUUGAGAAAUAAAACAACGUUAAACAUCA